GCCCCGGCCACCUCCCGACCUCCUCGAAUUUCGAUAGGGCAGACCAACCGGUCCUAAAAUUUUUUAUUUCCACCGUGCUACAUUGUCCCCCGCAUUCUAGAUCCAAGUCCCUGAAAAUUGAUCUUGUCUUCGGAUCAAGGUUCUUUGUUGCAGGUCUGUGCCUCGAUCCGGGGCAUCAGCAAAGGGGGGCCCGUUCCCACAUUCUUGGCGGGGCUCCUUGUGCCACAAUCACUUUUGCUCUCACGGUCGCUGCGACCAGUCGACUUUGCACGUCUCCAACAUGGAUUGGCAACCACAAGAUGAGCCAUUGAGGCAGCUGGCCUGCUGUCUCAGGGACUCGCUGAACAGCGUGGACCCUCAGCUCCGAAAACAAGCCGAAAAUAUGCUGUCACAAGCAACUGGGUCCCCGGACUAUGUCAACUACAUCACCUACAUGUUCUCCACGUCGCAGGUGCCUCCAGCCGUCGCCUCGGCGGGCAUUGACCCCAGUACUUAUAGUGUUGUCCGAUUCGCCGCUACUAUGAAUAUGAAGACGAAACUCUCGCUGGCCUACAACACAAUCCCUCAGGAGAGUCUCAAUUUCAUCCGUUCCGCUGCCUUGGUCGCCCUACGAGACAAUGACCGCCAAGUCCAACGCGGCGUUGGCAGUAUCAUCACGGAGCUGGUGCAAAAGGGUGGACUGCUCGCCUGGCCCGAGGUCUUGCAGGAGCUGCUGUCUCUCGUUGGCAAUGAUCAGGGCAACGUUUCCGUCGCUACUCAAGAGGCUGCUAUGGCGGCUCUGUUCAAGGUGUGCGAGGAUAAUCGCAAAAUUUUGGAUCGGGACUACGCCGGGCAACGCCCGCUUGACGUGAUCAUUCCGAAGCUGCUCGAGUUCACUACCCGCGACAGCGCUCGCGUUCGUUCCCUCGCCUUGAACAGCAUUCACGUCUUCCUUCCGCACCAGCCGCCUGCUCUGGUGGCCUCAUUGGAUGUCUUCCUGUCGCAACUCUUCAACCUUUCUGGAGAUCAAGACACCGAGGUGCGCAAGAUGGUGUGCCAGUCAUUCUCGCAGUUGGUGGAGUUCUCGCCAGAGAAACUCAUCCCGCACAUGGAGGGCCUGGUCAGCUACAUUCUCAUGCAGCAGCAAAACCAGGAGGACCCAGAGCUUGCUCUUGAUGCGGCUGAGUUCUGGAUUGUUGCUGGUGAGCAGCAGAGCCUUCUUCAGCCCUUGGCUCCGUACAUGCACAAGGUGAUUCCAGUUCUGCUUCAGAACAUGGUCUACGAAGAGGACGAUGUUAUCCGUCUCAUGGGCGACGAGGACGAUGCCGACGUUGAAGAUCGUGCCGAAGAUAUGAAGCCUAAGUUUGCCAAGUCAAAGGGUGCUCGCCUCGAUACGUCCAAAUCCGGUGAACAGGCGGCCAAUGGCCAGCAGCAGCAGCAGCAGCAACCCGAGGAUGACGAAGAUGACCUGAGCGAAGGUGAGAUCGAGGACUCUGAGUUUGGAGAUGACCCAGAGGGCGAAUGGACACUUCGCAAGUGCUCAGCCGCUGCAUUGGACGUCUUUUCAAAUGUGUACCACGACCAGAUCUUUACCAUUAUCCUGCCCUACCUGAAGGAGACCCUUCGCCACGAGCAGUGGCCCAACCGUGAGGCGGCCGUCCUCACCCUGGGUGCCGUUGCUGAUGGCUGCAUGGAUGCAGUCACUCCUCACCUCCCCGAGCUUGUGCCGUACUUGAUCUCCCUGCUGAACGAUGCCCAGCCUGUCGUCCGGCAGAUCACCUGUUGGUGCUUGGGACGCUACUCAGAAUGGGCCUCUCAUCUCCACGACCCGGCUCAGAAGCAACAGUACUUCGAGCCGAUGAUGGAGGGCAUUUUGACCCGUAUGCUAGACAACAACAAGAAGGUGCAGGAAGCCGCUGCCUCUGCCUUUGCCAGUCUGGAAGAGAAAUCUGACGACAACUUGAUCCCUUACUGCGAGCCCAUCCUUCGCCAAUUCGUCCAGUGUUUCGGCAAGUACAAGGACCGCAACAUGUACAUCCUUUACGACUGCAUCCAGACUCUGGCUGAGUGUGUGAUGACUGAGCUGGCCAAGCCUCAGCUUGUCAAUAUCCUCAUGCCUGCUAUGAUCGAGCGGUACAACCACGUCAGUGAUCAGUCACAGGAGCUGUUCCCCUUGCUGGAAUGUAUGGGCUACAUUGCUGCUGCAUACGGCGAAGCCUUUGCUCCAUUCGCCCCCCACCUAUUCCAGCGAUGCACCAAGAUAAUCUAUCAGAACCUCACGGAGUCUGCCGCCUCUCAAAGCAACGAGGCCAUUGACGAGCCUGACAAGGACUUUUUGGUUACUAGCCUGGAUUUGCUGAGUGCGAUCAUCCAGGCGAUUGAUCCACGACAGAGCGGCGAGCUGGUCUCAAAUUCUAGCUUCUUCGACCUGCUUGGCCUCUGUUUGCAGGACCCCAACAAUGAGGUCCGCCAGUCAUCUUACGCUUUGUUGGGUGAUUGUGCCAUCAGCAUCUUCCCGCACCUGGAGCCUUACAUCCCCACCAUCAUGCCGGUCCUUAUCAAGCAGCUUGACCUGGAUCUCAUUCGGGAUGACGAUCGGCAAACGGGUUUCAGCGUGCUGAACAACGCCUGCUGGUCCUGUGGUGAGAUCGCAGUCCAAGAGAAGGCCGUGCUUGCUCCCUAUGUUGACAAGCUGUACCAUGGCCUCCUGACCAUUAUGGAGAACGAAGAGAUCAUUGACUCUGUCAAUGAGAAUGCGGCGAUGGCAUUGGGCCGACUUGGUCUCUUUUGCCCAGAUUCUCUGGCGGCGGAACUCCAGAACUUUGCCACCUCGUUCCUGAAGUCGAUGAGCAAGAUUGAUUUCACUCGUGAGAAGGCGUCUGCUUUCCUGGGCUUCAAUAACAUGGUCAUGAAAAAUCCCCAGGCCAUGGAGGGCUGUUUGGGAGAAUAUUUCCAGUCAAUUGCGUCGUUCCCAGUCAAGACGCUAUCACAGGAGGAGUAUCGGGAUAUCCAAGGCUCAUUUCAACAGGUCCUCCAAGGCUACAAAAACAUGAUACCCGACUUUGAUGCGUUCCUCUCGCAGCUUCCUGGCCCCGUAGCCCAGAAGCUGCGUUCAGCCUACCAGGUCUAAACUUUUCUGGCCUUUCACCCAUCCUGAUUCUCCGUCACUUCGAUUCGGCGACCCAACAGACUUUAUGAGAAGUGCGUACAACGGUGCAAUGACUGACAUUGUUAUGAAUGACGGCCUUAAAAAAUCUAUUUUUCCCUCCUCUAUCUCCUUGUUCCCCCUCGAACAUUUGCACCUUUCCUCUUUCAAGGCUUGUGGCAGAAGUCAUGCAGUUGCCGUCUCUCUUAAAUCCAGCGUUUUCAAUCUUGCUCAAUGCUCAAUCUUCGUUUCCCUUUCAAGUCGCUCUCUAUCUCUUCCAUCCGUGGUGUUGCUUGGCAUUUCUCAUUUGACCUAGAAAAAGAAGGAAGUUCUACGAACUGGGUAGGUACAUAGGCAUUAGGUCAUUCUUAUUGCGAGCGUCAUAUUUGGGCGUUUUCCCCUUUCCUGUCUUUGUUUCCUCGCCUUCAUAUCGAAGUGGUGCAUAUCUUAUCCAUCUCUACCCGGACAGGGGCGAGAAGAGGAGAACAUGUCGGAGGAGACUGGGGACAUUUGAUCUGGCCAUUCAUCUACAUGGCAUCUGAUGACUGCAAAUGGUACUGAUAUCAUCCACUUUCAUCUAUGAUCUUCGGCCUCCCCGCUGUUCCCCUGCAUAUCGAAGUUAUCGAGGCCAGGUCCUUCAUGUUAGUGUUUUCUUCUUCUCUUUUUUUGCUCAGCGAUGUGUCCCUCUUCAUAUCUUUACCCCCAUUCCCUUUCUUAGAUAGAUAGAUUAGAUACCUAGGUAGAUGCCUCCAUGGAACUUCAUUCACACCUACUGGCGGGG